AUGGCGACAACGAAGAGCCAGGACAGUGAUUCCGACGGCGUCUCGCAGAUCAUCAUGUCAUCGGAUAGGGAGAAGGCUCAGGCAACGCCGCAAGCAAGUGACGAUGAGCCGGUGCAAGAUGCUGCAGAGGAGUUGCCCAUGGACCAAGGCGUCGUCGCCUGGCUCCAGGUCCUCGGAAGCUGGAUCCUCUUCGCCAACACCUGGGGUCUCUCCAACUCUUUUGGCGUCUUCCAGGCGUACUACUCCAACGAGCUCCUGCCGGACACGAAUCCCUCGACCAUUUCCUGGAUCGGCUCCAUCCAGAUCUUCCUGAUGAUGCUCAUCGGCGUGUGCGCCGGUUGGCUUCUCGACGCGGGCUACCUCCGCUUCAUCCUCAUCUGCGGCACCACCAUGACAUCCCUGGGUCUCUUUAUGCUUAGCCUGUGCACGCAGUAUUGGCAAAUCCUUCUUGCGCAGGCGUUUUGCGUCGGCACGGGCAGCGGCUUGCUGGGGUUGACGAGCGUUGCCGUGAUUCCGCUGUAUUUCCGGCGGAGGAGGAUGGUUGCGACAGGCAUUGCCGCCACGGGGAGCAGUUUGGCGGGUAUCGUGUACCCUAUCAUGGAGAGGCGCCUCAUCGCCUCUAUCGGCUUCCCUUGGGCCGUUAGGGUGUUUGCAUUCAUCGUGACUGGAAGUCUACUGGUUUGCAUCGCCAUUAUGCGCCUUCGGCCGAACCUCAAGCGCCGCGGCGCCCUCUUCCGCCUGAAGCACUUCCAGGACAUCCCCUACAUUACCUUUUGCAUCGCCUUCGCGUUGAUGAUCGGUUCCGUCUACGUCCCUUUCUUCUACGUAGAUGCGUACGCCAUCCGCCUAGGUGUCGAUUCAGACACCUCCUUCUACCUCCUGAGCGCCAUGAACGCGGCAAGCCUCUUUGGUCGCCUAGCCCCGAACUGGCUCGCCGACAAGUAUGGCGGCAUGACCAUCAUGCUGCCCUGCUGCAUCGGCUCCGCUGUGGUGCUCUUCCUCUUCCGUUUCGUGCACGACCUGCCGGGGCUCAUCGCGAUCUCCAUCGUCUACGGGUUCAUCUCGGGCGGCAUGGUCUCGCUGCCGCCGGCCACGAUUGCGAACCUGACGGACGACCUAUCCGAGUACGGGACGCGGAUGGGCAUGGGGUACACUAUUGCAAGCUUGGGAGCGUUGAUCGGGAACCCGAUCGGAGGCGCGGCGCAGAGGCCGCAGGGAGACAGGGCAGCGGAUGUGCAAAGGGAGUUUCAGGGGACGUGGAUCUUUGCUGGGGGGUUCAUGCUCGCGGCGGUUAUUUCGAUGGUGAUCUCGAAGUAUUUGAGAACUGGGUCGGUCCUGAGAGGGAAGUGCUGA